CUCUGGUUAUAAACAACGACGCUGUCUCUACACUUCAGUAAUAAAUAGAUUAUAAAUAACUCAAUGUUCAGUAAUAAUUAAUAUUCAGCAUUACUAGAUGAACACACUGUGCUGGGAUUGAGUUCCCUAACAACGAGGUAAGAAGGGUUCAGAUCUGGGCGAGUAUGAUCCUCUGACGCAGGCGGACAGUGAAGAUGAAACCGAAGAUGAUGAUCUGGUUCUCAAUUAUCCUCGUAACGGUCUGAGUCCAGCGGUCCCGGAGCUGAGGGGAUGUGUGAGGGAUGGAGAGGAGUUUGAUGAAGCUGAUGAUGAGUUGAGAGUUCAGAGAGAGGGGGUGGGGCAUGAGCCAAGGGGGCGGGGUUAGGGCGUGGUCAGGCCGGAGACACUGAGGAGAAGGCGGUGCAUGUACGAGGGGUGGUGCGGAAUGCUGUGUUUCUCCUGCCGUUGACAUGCGCUGCUGUGUUGGUGCUGCUGUGUGCGUUUCUCAUUCCCUGCCCACAGGGGACGUUACACAACUCACCGCAGUGGGAGGCAGAGCUCGGAGACGUGGGUGGUGUGACAUCACCACCUGUUGCAUUGUGGGAUGUUGACGGAGAUGGACAAGACGACGUUUUGAUUGGUGUUAUGAACAUUGCCAACAACACUCAGCCAAUGAGCUCUCAGAGUAAAGAGUACAGUGUGCUGGCAGUGAGUGGCAUCAGUGGGCAUGUGUUGUGGAGGCGGACGCUCAGAGAGCCACUCAUCUCACUGCAGUGUGGACUACAGACAGGAAGUGCUGAUCCUCACAACAGGAAACAGUCACUGGAGAUGUCUGCUUGUAUUCUGAUCAGUUCCAGUCAUAUCAUCAGCGUCAACGCCUCUACAGGCAGGACGUCCUGGACCGCAGCUGUCAGUGACGUGAAGUCUCACGCUGUUCUGCUGCCGGAUCUGCAGGGAGACGCAUUUCCAGAACUACUGAUCGCAACACUACCAGCUGACCAGGUGUCUGAUCUCGCUCUCGUCUUGAUCUCAGGGAGGUCAGGAGCUCUGAUUGGCCAGCCGGUGAACUUUAACCUCACUGCACAGGGGAAGCUGAUUGGUCCGCUGCUGCAUGAGACGGCGACUGGAGCGUAUUACAUCCUGAUUGGACUCGGCACUGUAGAGGGCGUGUCUCUCAGUUAUAUUUACAGUCAGGCCACUGGCAGGACAGCCGCGUCUAGAGUCCGACUGAAGGACCCCGACUGGGAACGACUUAGAAAGAUCAAUACCUCACUCAUACACAUCAGCAGUGGCUCUGAGCAGGUGCAGUUCUUCUUCCCUCUGGUGGCUGGUUUGUGUCAUAAUCACAAUAAUCUAGACAGCGUGUCGGUUCUGAACUCGAGUCACAGUGAUUGGAUCCUGGUUUGUGGAGUGAACAACACACUGUCUGUGCUGAAACAGAGUGACACACACGCUGCAUGGACUCUCAGUCUCACCUCUAUACAUAGUCGUCCAGUGUCGGGUCACUUUAAUGAUGAUGGUGUUCCUGAUCUGCUCAUUCAUCAGUCAGCCAAUGGCAUCAGGAAGUUUCAGAUCAUUGAUGGAGCGCAAGGGCGGAGCUUAUGGGAGGCGGAGUUUGUUUGUCCUCGUCUGGCGGUGGAUGACUCGUCCGUUCUAACCACGUCCGGCCAAUCGGUGUUCCUGUUCUGGGCGGGAGAUCCGCUCACACAAUCGCAGAACGUUACCAAGGUGGCUGCAGCCGAACCGGUUCUGCGCAAACUCUUCCUGCUUCAUCCGUACUAUCCCAUAAUACUCCUGCAGCUGAGCAGCACCACAGACACCGUUGUCAUGGCAACAGUGAGUUAUCAGCCGCUGCAGAAAGACGCGUCGUACAUCAGCGUGUCGUCUCGGCCCACGUCCGGUCUGGGACUCGGAGAUCAACUGCUCAAGAGUUUCAGUAUGAAAGCAGCGAUUGCGGCCGGACAGAUCGUCCCGCUGGGAGACGCGAGCAGAGACGCUUUCCACAUCAGCCAGUUCUUCAGACGCGUGACCUUCACACAGUGAGUUCAGCAGAUUCUCUCCGUGUGCCGGCAGGUCCUCAUUCCCGUCGCUGGAUUUCUCCGGGAUUUUGUGUUGCUGAAAGUUGCAUGUGUGAUAUCUUUUAAUCUUCAUCUUUACACAAAUAGGCCAGUAAGACUUGAAUAUAAUCUUAAUGAAGAAAUAUGUACAUACUUGAUCUAUGAAGUCUGAGGAAAAGGAAAACAUCCAGGUUGCGUCACACUGAACACGUUCAUAAUUCCCCGUUUGGUGUUUUUCAGCUUUGUUGUAGAUAUUUCCCACUGUACAGUGUUUAUAGGAGUGAAAUGGACACAUUUAAUGACUGAAGCACUGAUGUAAAUACUGAAGGAAUAAUGUUGUAACGAAACAUGUCAUUCUGCUUUGA